UUCCUGACGAGACUCCCCAAGACUUCCCAGCAAAGCUUGGCUGCCGUGAAACCAUGGCGCACAUCGAUGUCGUGGCGGACGACCGAGCUGCGCUGAAACGUGUGGCAGCACGCGGGACCGUUGGCUGGAACGAAGGCCCCGGCUUUGUCGUAAGUCGCCGUGGUGCUAAAUUGCAGCGAUUGGUGAAGGAUCAGCUGGAGGAGACUAUACUGCUAGGCGCAGCGUGUUCCGAAGUCUUCAGUGGUCCGCGGCUGGCGAAGGUGCUGCGCCCAGCGCUAGAGCAUCAGCGAAAGGCAAUUGAGGCCAUGGAGAAGGAUGAGCCGUGGGAGCCGCUGUCCAUCCACACCUCGGCAGGCCUCCCAGCGGCACUGGAAAAGUUUCUGAACUGCUUGGAGAAGCACCUGCCACAAGCACCUGAAGCACCUGAAGCACCUGAAGCACCUGGUGAUGCCAACGAUUGGUUUGUGAACUUGCAGUUGGAAGGGGCCACUGCAGUCUGGGCUGGGGUGGAAGCAGUGGCACAUCUGCGGCAAGCGCUGAAGCCUGAGGAGCAGAAGGAAUGUCUGUUGGGCGUGGCGCAAGCUUCGUACCACGGAGCCAAAACAACAGCCCUGGGGCAGCCCGCGCUUCCCAGAUGGCCCGGUGCUCCGCGGACCACUGGGCAGGUGGCAUAUCCAGUCCCAGACUCAGAUGAUCCCAAGGCAUCCGAGGAGUAUUUGGAAAAGUUCAGCACCUUCCUCCGGGACAACCCACAGGUGGGCAUCUUCAUUUUCGAACCCCAGUGGGGCUCCAGUCGUUUGGGGCGGACCUGGCCGCCAGCAUUGCUUCGAGAGGUGAUCUCUCGCUGUCAUGCGGCCUCUCGCUUUGUGCUUUGCGAUGAGGUCAUGUGUGGCUUAGGCCGGCAUGGACAUGGCUCGCUGUUCUUGAGUGCCGCAUGGAAUCUGAGACCCGAUGCGGUGACCUUUGGCAAAUCCAUGGCAUCAGGUGCCGUGUUUCACGUGGGUGUACGCCAAGUCCGCUUUGCAGACGCUCCAUUGGUACUUGCGCCAGGACAGUGUUUCACGAUGAUGCACGCGGAAUCCGCUGACAAGUGCAACGUUUGCAGAGACAACAGUGGCACUCGCGCCAAAACGGUAGGUGUUUCACAUAGGUUUCAGCCAAAUCCGCUGACAGGUGCAGCAUUUGUAGAAGCUUCGUUGGCACUUGUGCCAACACAGUGUUUCACGUGAGUGUACGCCAAAUCCGGUGACAGUUGCACUUGCAGAUUUUGCAGACACUCCAUUGGUACUUGCGCCAAGGUAGUGUGUCAUGUGAGUGUACGCCAAAUUCGCUGACAGGUGCAGCAUUUGCAGACGCUCCGUUGGUACGUUCGCCAAGGUGCAGCAUUUGCAGACACCCGUUGAUUCUUGCGCC